UGAUUUCCGCAAAAAAGAGCUAUAUUCACGUCACUGUGUAAAAGUAGUGAAAGUGAAAUAAAAUAUUGUUAAAAAAUAUAUUUACUGGGAAAAUUGUCUAUUGAUAACUGAAAAUAAUAAUGAAUGGUUAAAAUAAUUAUUUAGCCUGAAACUAGGAUUCACAAUGCAAAAUGAUUGUUCCAAGGCGAAUAAUAGUGGUAGCUUUAAAAAAUGGCUUCAAAAAUUAUAAUACAAUACCAUGCAGAACAAUAGGAAUUUAUUCGAAUCAUGAGAAAAAUAAUAAUUUUAUAAUCAAUAAAACUCAGUAUCGAUACUAUAAAAAUUUCGGUCAUAAGCAAAAACAACCGUCUAAGUUACAAAUUCAAUACUUGGCUCUCCUUGUAGGAGGAAUGUUUUUUGUUUCUUCAGCAUACUAUUGGAUUGAUUUAUUCAGAAAAGCAAAGAACAAAAUUCUUGAUUUAAUUCCACGUGUCGAUGCGGCUGAAUUAUUAAAUGAAACUGAAGAACAUGAAAAUGACACUGACGUGGAACAUGUUGAACAUGAAGAGCACAAGAAAAAAAAGAAGAAGCACAAAGUUGGAUUUCGAGACAGAAAGAUAAUCGAAUAUGAAAAUCGAAUAAGACAUUAUUCAACGCCGGACAAAGUGUUUCGUUACUUUGCAACACUUCAAGUUACAAGUCCAAACAACGAUGUUCAUGAAAUUUUUAUGACACCAGACGACUUUUUACGGUCUUUAACGCCUGGUGUUAAACAACCUGACGGUCUCGGUUUGGAUCAAUAUAAGAGAUACGAUCCAAGGAAUAUUCAGAAUCAGUUGGGAUUGACAUUGGAUGAGAAUAGUUUUUUUUAUCGUUUAGGAAGUUAUGGUUUGAUUACAUUCUCGGAUUACAUUUUUUUACUCACGGUUUUGUCAACAUCGAGACGACAUUUUGAAAUUGCAUUUAGAAUGUUUGAUUUCAAUGGCGAUGGUGACGUUGAUUGCGAUGAAUUUAAUAAAGUUGCGACUUUAAUAAGACAACAGAGCAGUAUUGGAAAUCGACAUCGCGAUCACGCCAAUACUGGAAAUACAUUUAAAGGUGUAAAUUCGGCAUUGACGACUUAUUUCUUUGGAUCGAAAAUGAAUCAAAAGUUAACGAUUGAAAAGUUUUUGGAUUUUCAACAACAAUUGCAGACGGAAAUUUUAAAUCUUGAGUUUGAACGAAGAAAUCCAGACGAAAAUGGAAACAUAACUGAAGUUGAUUUUACUGAAUUGCUUUUGGCCUACGCUGGUUAUCCGGAGAAGAAAAAAGCAAAAAUGCUGAAAAGAGUGAAAAAAGCUUUCAGAGAAUGUCCCAAAGGUGUCAACAAAGACGAAUAUUUAAAGUUCUUCCAUUUUUUGAAUAAUAUUAACGACGUUGAUACGGCUCUAACUUUUUAUCACAUCGCUGGAGCUUCAAUUGAUCAAACCACUUUGAAACACGUCGCAAAAACUGUGGCUCACGUAGAUUUGAGUGAUCACGUCAUUCAAGUGGUUUAUACCAUAUUCGAUGAAAAUAUGGACGGCCAAUUGAGCAAUCGAGAAUUUGUGGCUGUGAUGAAAAAUCGAGUACUUCGUGGAUUGGAAAAACCAAAAGAUACCGGUUUUAUAAAACUAGUUCAAUCAGUGAUGAAAUGCGCAAAAAAUAGCUAUUACAGUCCUUUUGAAAGAUAAUAUUCUUCACUUAUCACACUUAAUUCGCGUAUUAUUAACUUUGCGUGUAAUUAAUAAAUCAAUUCAAUCACAGUUUUUCUUUGAGAAAAUGUGCAUUUAUAGAUUUUUGUUUAUAUAUUUGAAUUAAAUUAAAAUACGUUACCAUUA